UUUGGCAAAGACUUUUGAGACCGACCUCCGUAAAUGCAUUGAGAUAAGGUGUCAUUGCUGUGUUGGCCCGAUCGAGCACCGCCACAAUAAGGCGCGCAACAGUGCAGCUGACGUCUUCCAAAAAUAAUUCCAUCUCUUCAAAUGAACUUACACAGUUUCAAUAACAAAUAUCCGCCAAAAUGUCCGAGCAAAGCAAACCUCCGGCUCCGCGAAUAGCAAUCAAGUUCGGCGCUACGUCGAACAAUAACAACUCGAAGAAAGCAUCAAAACCAAAUCCACCCUCGUCGCUAGGGAAGCGGCCACGAUCACACGCUCUGGGGGUCGCUUCCGACUCUGAGGAUGAUGAUUAUGAGCAUCGAGGACGGCAUGAGAAGAUCACAGGCUUUGGGGUGGACGGAGCGGAGACGGAGCGCAAGGCCAAAGACUCGAGGAUGGAAAAGAAGGACUAUGUGAUUGUCCGACAACCAAAUCACGACUGGAGAUCAGAGGCCAAGGCUCAGAGGAAGAGCAAAUAUUCGCUGCCCGAGGAGGCAAGAGCGCAGCAAAACAACACAACCGUCGAGACGGAACCUGCGGAUCAGGACAAGGGACUCAAAUGGGGUCUGACGAUUAAGGAGAAAACCGAGGACGACAACAAGGAUAUUGGAUCAGAGUCUAAGGAGAAGCCAGUCUCCAAUGAUGGCGACCAGAAAAAGCCACCGCCCAAACGAACAGCAGAUGACGAAGCAAUGGACGCUCUACUAGGCAAUAAGGAGGAGGACGAAAAGAUCAUCCAUCCAACCGAAGCGGACGCCUACCGUCGCGACAUCCAAGGAGCAGGAGAGACAUCCACGCUUGAUGACUAUGAAGCCAUGCCAGUGGAAGAAUUCGGCGCAGCUCUUCUCCGCGGUAUGGGCUGGGACGGAAAACCUCGCGGUACAGUCAAGGAAGUCAAGCGACGUCCGAACCGAAUCGGCCUUGGUGCUAAGGAGCUUAAGGGUGAAGAGGACCUUGGCGGGUGGAAUCAGAGCGGAAAGAAGAACAGACGACCGCGCUUGGACGAGUAUCGCCGAGAGGAGAGUAAACGAAAAGAGGGUCGCCGCCAUGAGGACAGUUACAAGCGUGAGCGUGAGCGUGAACGCGAGAGGGAUCGAGACAGCAGGCAUGGACAUCGUGAUCGUGACCGUGACCGAGACCGAGACCGCGACCAUGACCGUGAUCGGAACAGGGACUACGACCGGCAUCGGAGUCAUCGGGACUAUGAUCGACGACGGUAAAUCAAGCAGUCGCAAGUUCGCUAUGAAGGCCUUACUACCGGCUUAUCAAUACGACGCAGUGAUACCUUUAUUAUCUGGGAAAGUGGUCAAUUCUUUCCAGAGAUGCAUAUUACGUAGACCAAAAAUGAUCCCAACGCAAAACCAAAAAAAGAAGAAGAAAAAAAGGAGAUACUCAGUCAUUGCACAGACACUCUAAAACAGGAUCCUUGGGUAUAUGAUAUGCGUUCAAAGACCACAGCAACCCAACGCCAUGCACUUCCCCACGAGCAAACGAUGCUACCUUGCUGGCACGGUCAGUCUAUCCAUCUCAGCAGGUCCUUCAUCUGCCCCGCCUGUCUUUGUGCUCUCCUCGGCAUCAGCCAGCGAUGUGAGGCGUUUUUCCUCCCUCGACUUCUUUGUCAAAUUAAACGAUCUCCGAAUCGACAUACUUCGAUUUCGCUCGGAUUUUCCUCCAUCACGACCUCGGUCUCGAUCUGGGUCUACCACAUCUUCUAGGGCCUUUCCCUGUUUGAGCGCUUCCAGGGAUCUCUUGGCAACGUCCACGUCUUCGAAAAUGGCUUCCGUGUCGAGGAGAACUCGAUCGAUCUGUCCCGCUAUGCCUCUUUGCUUCUCCAAAUCCUGGAUCUUCUCUCUCAACUCAUCCAUUAUAUGCCAUCCCUCCAUAAUUUCCUUUUCCAACUGCUUUCGCUGGUCUUCUGGGAGCGCCUUAUACUCCCUCUGCCCUUGGACAAUGCGAGCCCGGCGGAUGUAUUUCUGGGGCGUCUUGGACCGCUCAGCCUGCUUCACGACACCUUUGAGUGUGUAUCCGAUCGGGCCAACAAUAGCAGAGAGGUUUUUGAGGACCAAGCCUGUCAAUCCCAUACCUGUGCCCUUGACGAAUCCAAUCGGUCCAUUUUCUUUUGCUCCACGAACCGGCAGGCGAACUACUCCUGUGAAGCCAUCGUAGACUCCAUACGCAAACUCAUGCCGGGCGGCCCGGAGGCCAGAAUGGAAGCCUGUCACUCGAAUGGGACGUCGUACGGUAUUGUCGCCAUAGAGUCGAGGAGCAUUGUGAAAGCCUUGGGCGAGUGCCAUCGAGAGGUCCACUGGUGCCUUGGCAAUGGCAGUAGCUGUCCUUUCCACACCGCUCGCUAUGUCGCCCACAUACUGACCUCCGGUGUCCCCAGCUGUCGUCUCAGUGCGCAACGAGGCAGCAUCCACUGGGUCAUCAGAGUCCGCCGGAUUGUGUCGUGUUAUGCUGUUGCCCGACUUCUUAGAUUUCUUAGCAUUCCUCUGAUUCUUCUUCUUGCUGAUUGAUCUUGUUCUUUUUGCCCAAUGGUAAGGAACGCUUGCAACGCCGUGAAACGCUUCACCGACUGUGCUAGCUAUGGAUCCGGCAAUUCCUGUGACAGGUUCGCCGGGACCUUCAAAGUCAUUCCAUUCCACAUGCCUGAGAAGUCUCAGGCGCUUCCAGGUCAACAGGCCGUUGUCCACUAGGAUGUCGGCAGCCAAAGCACCCAGUUUAAUAUUGGUGUUUUUCAACUCCCAAACGGCUGUGUGAUCUUUGAGAAGGGAGCAUCGCAAGAGACUCGGGCUCCUUAGGUUCAGCUGUCUGUGAAACUCUUUGACGGCAUUAACAGCGCCAUCACCCUCCUCUGCGAUUCGUUUGGCGAUUGCUCCAGCAGCAUCUCUUGCUUUUUCAGUAAGACAAAAUUCAAUACCUUCAGCAAGCUUUUCGGCGUUCAGGUGUUUGUAUGGCACUGGCUCCGGUCCAACAUUUGCGUUGCUCACCAUCUUACCCCAAAAGUUUUGGUCGCCGAAGAAGGGAACGAUCAUUGUAGGCUUGCCACACUUGAGCGCAAUGGCUGUUGUUCCGGCGCCUCCGUGAAUGACGCAUGCCUUGACUCUCGGGAAAAGCCAGUCAUGGGGGGUGUUGUCAAGCAUGAAGAUAUUCUCCGGAACAUCGUCACCACCAAGUCCACCCCAGCCCUUAGAUACCAGGGCACGAACUCCAGCCAACUCAACAGCUUUGAAGAUCAUUUGUGUGAAUUUGUCUGCAUCAUCAACAACAAUCGAUCCAAACCCAAUGUAGAUUGGAGUCUCCCCAGCUGCUAGAAAUUCCUCCAGUUCCUUCGGUGGCUCAAAAGUUGAAGCCAAGUCAAGAAAUACGAAGCCAGCCACGUCAACCUCGCUUCCCCAGUCUUGUGGCUUUGGGACAAGACCCGGUGACCACAAAUAUGUGAAUGGCACAUGCAGGCGAUAUGUUGCACCUGGAGCCCAGAGAGUCGAGACAGGAUCUAGAGAUAAAGUCUUGACACGAAAUUCGUUGACCAGAUCUCCCAGACCUUGCCAUACCAUCAUCUCGACUAGGGGGUAAGAGAUGAAGUUUGUAUAUCCAGGGUCCACAUUGGAAUUCUUGAUGCUUGCCAAGGGAUGAGGGAAAGCUUGUGUAGGUGUGUAGGGAAAGGUAAACAUUAAAUGAACAGGAAUACCAAGUGCUUCGGCGCAGUGAAUAUGUGCAAAGCUUGGAGGGUUAGCAAUAAUGACGUCCGCGACAAAAGGGUCCUUUUCGCCCAUCAUCUUUAAGUUCUGGCGGUCCGAUUCGUCGUCUGUGGCAUUGAUGCAUGCUCGCCAGAAACCAUCAAACAUGGUGGCCAUUGCGGCUCGCCGUCUCCCAAUAUCUCCAGCCUUGACUGUCUCAAGCGUUGGGAUCAGACCUGGAUUCUUGACCAUAAAAGCCAUGAGCUCUGAUGGAUCACCCCCGACAGAGAAGAACUCAAGACCGGAAUCUUUUUCGACAAAUUCGCGAAACGCUGGAUGUGUAGCGAUGCGUACUCGGUGUCCAUAAUCCUCUUUCAAAACCUUGCCUAUCUUCAAGAAGGGUUGGGCAUCUCCUCGUGAACCAAUAACCAUGAUCACAAUGUUUAAGCGUGCUUGAGGUCUGGGAUCCGUAACAGCUGUUGAAGAAGAUGACCGGCGUGGGCUUUCGGGAAUUUUGAGAGUUGACACCCUGUCCGCUUGUUCAGCCUUUGCAGGAGUAACCUUAUUGACAGCUGCACCCAGAGCCUUAGUCAAGUAUCCAGUGCCUGCAGUUUCGUUGACCGUGAUGCGCAAACGACCGUCCUUUUUGACCUUGCCGGAUGUUUGGUAGUUCUGAUUACCAAUGCUGAAAUGGCCGUAUUUACCCUCAUCGUGGCUCGCCUUCCUACUUGCUUUCUCGCCUGCUUUCUUCUUGUGCUCACUAUGAUGAGAUUCCUGCUGGCUGGUUUGCGGCUCAUCCUCGCCAGCCGAUGCUACCGAACUAUCACUUGAGCUGAGCCUUGGGUCCUCUGGUGCUUCCCAGAUCGCCUUGUUCAAAUAUGAGGUGCCAGCUCUGGCUGGACCGGGACGAAAGUAGGAACGGUGGUGAUGAGCGCGCCGCGGUUGCUCAGUCUGCCAGGACUUGGUCGGUCUCGGUCGACUCUUUUGGGCUGGCGACUUCUUAGGUGAGAUUGAAUCGUCUGCCGUUGGCAGAUGUGCAGGCUCUGACUGGACUGGUGUUUGUUUAACGCCGUCGCCAGGGUCGAUGUUCUCCUUUGGGCUUCGCGGCGACAACGGACUUUCGGGGGAUUGUAUUGGGCGUGGGAUAGGAGCAGGGUAGGCGACAUCUCCAUGAGUAUCCGUGAUUAGUGUUGUAGAUUGUUGUCCAUCGUCGUUGUUGUGGUGUUGCUCUGAUACUUCAAGUUUAAGCUUGUUGGGGUCUUCUUGUUGAGAAUCCAUGGCACUGUAUGACCGGUUCCUUUCGUUUUUCAAAGGUUUUGUGGUGUAUUUCUUGAGUUGUGCGAGAAGGAAAGUUGUUUGGUCAAAGACAAUUAAACGAUAUAUCGCGAUGUCUGCUGUGACGAACUGGCGUCGGUAUCGUGUCACAGAAACAUAGAGUAGUGCGUUGUUCGCAAACUUGGCGGUAUGUUAGUUGCUACCGGAGUCGCGAAUAGCAGCCCAUGAUUUACAGGCUUAUAGUGUACAAAGGGUGAAAGAAAUGAAGAAUCUAUGAUCAGGGCCAAGGCAGUCCGAGGUGUCAUUAACAAUUUCCGAGCCGUCCCGUUCCAUGAGGCGUCACGAGGUGAAGUCAGGUAUGGGCCUCUUUGAC